AAAAAAAUUUUCCCAGGAAUUCAAAAAACCAAGAAAAUCUUUUUAACAGUAAAGAUAUUAAUAACCCGUUAAAAAAAAAAUAAUUUUCAAAUGGCUUCAACUACCGAAACUGCUAAUACGACUGCUUCUACCGCACAAACAACUACUGCAAAUGUAACAGCAAAAGUGUCCGAAAUUUUCACAGAGUUAAAAGAAAAAUUCCCAGGCGUAUCAUCUAAAGUCGAUUAUGGUGUAGAAAGGGCCAGAAGUAUUGCAACUGAGGUCACGAACGAUAUUCAAAAAACUGCAACGAACAAUAAUGUGAACUCUCCUUUGCCUGCCGACUUUGUUUCGCAGGUUUUAAAGGCUGAUAAAAUUUUGUCUAGUUUUACUGAUCCCGAAAAGACUGAAGGUGGAUUGGAUAAUGUAAUUCCAAAAGAUGUCAUAUGCAAUGCUAAAGGAUUAGCUAUCUUUACUGCAAUCAAAGCAGGCUUUUUUUGGUCUGGCCGUAUGGGUUCGGGCUUAGUAGUUGCAAAAAUCCCCGAGGGAGGCUGGUCUUGUCCAUCAUUGAUUAAUAUCGGUGGUGUUGGAUUUGGUGCACAGCUAGGUGCCGAUGUAACUGAUUUUGUUAUUGUUCUUAACACCGAUGAUGCUGUUAAAGCUUUUUGCCGUGGAGAAAAUGUUACCUUAGGAGGAAACCUAUCGGUUUCAGCAGGUCCUGUUGGGUUUGGUCAUGAAUACUCUGGUUCUUUAUAUGAAGGUGCAGCUCUCUUUUCAUAUAGUAAAUCAAAAGGCCUCUUUGCGGGCGUAUCAGUUGAAGGAACAAUAAUUAUUGAACGUAAGGAUGCAAACAAGACCUUCUAUAAUAAAGAAAUUUCCUCCGAGGAAAUUUUAUCCGGUAAAACUGAUAAAGCUCCAAGCUCUAUUAGUGUAUUGUACGAAACUAUCAAGAAAGCUGAAGAAAGAGAAUCACGUUAAUUUAUUUUUAUUUUUUUUAGCAUUAGUAUUAGAUAAAGCAUUUCUUUCGUUUUAGCAUUUCUCACUUUUUUAUAUUCAUUCGAGGUUAUUCACGAUUGAAAAAGUAGGCUUUGUUUCUUUUAUAUAAUAUACUUAUUGAAAUGAACUAUAAUAUAUAAUUAUUUUUUAUAUAUAUAAUAUAUAUAUAUUUU